GUUUGACUGUCUUUUCAUUCAUUUAGUUCUGUGAACUACUGCGUUCUUUCGUAUAAUAUUAUUUUAAACAUUCAUUCAAUACAUCCUUCAUAUUAGGCAGGCCCAAUCUUUUAGUUUUUUAACAAUCAGUAUUCACACUACCUUUCUUCAGAACCAAUCCCUAUCCCGUCAAUAUUAAAUUCAAUCGAAUCAAGAUGUUUUCAAAGACUAUUCUUACUUCUUUGCUAGUGGCUUUGGCCGAAGCUCGUUUCGGUCAAGAACAAGGAAACGGAGCAAUUGCUGCCAUUAGCGCCCUUAGUGAUUUCGGAACGCCGGGUGCAGCCGCAACCCUUGGAGGGAACUCCAUCCAAUUCCUCCUCGGGGCUGCCAACCCCUGCGGAAAACUCACCCAAGCUGAUGCCAUUGUUGCGCAACUUGGCAACGACCCCGCUGUCAUUUCUGCAGCGCGCGGUCUCGUAGCCGCCGAACAAAAUUUCAAUCCUUCCGCCGUUUCCGUCCCAAACAUCUGUUCUGAUCCUACUUUACCUACUACAGCUGCUCUUCGCGGUGUCGUUCCUUUGAUCGAUCCAGCCGUAGGAGGAAGCGAAACGGAAAACGCAAAUAGCGCAACAAGUACCACAACGCCAUUUGCUGCCGAUGGUCUUAGUGUUGCGGAUGUAAUGGUUGCACAGGGUUUCUCAAAUUUCACGACUACGGAUGCGGCGGGAACUAAGGGAACUCCGUCUGGAUCUUCCGCUUCGACUGGAAGUGUAUCGACUUCGAAUUCCACUGCUAGUGCUGCUUCUUCGGGCAUCUCUAGUGUGGCUGUAGCUGUCGCGGCGGCUUCUUCAAGCGCAGUUGCUUGUGGAGGCACCACUCUCGUAACUGUCACUAGAGCCGCUACAUCAGCCGCCGUCGCAGCUGCCACUUCCGCUGCCUCCUCCGCCCUAACCAACUCCACUUCCUCAAGCGCUCAAGCAUCCUCCAUCACCGGUCUCGACUUCGGUCUCUGCGUCCCCACCAUGAAAUUCGAAGCCGGCCUCAACGGUCGCAAAGACACCGAAUUCACAUUCCAAGCCAUCGAUCCCUUAGUCAACAAAGGCCAGCAGGAAGCACUUAAUCCUAAUAUCAUCACCAAUCGCAUCUGUGAUCAGUUGACUAAUGCAUGUAAUGCGAAUGCGGCAGCGAAGACCGCGUGUGCGGAUGCGAAAACGAAAAUUAGUGCGUUGGGUACCAAGGAUGUGACGACGGCGGAUGCGUGGAAUACGGCUUUGGGCUUUGCGGGCGCUAAUACAAAUCCGGAUAAUGCGCCUCAGGCGGGGUUGGUGGGUCAUGAUUAAGAGUGUUUUGAUGGAUGGGAUUGGGAUUGGGGUGGAUAAGAGAUGGUUUUAUUUGGAUUGAGAGGGAGUCUUGUGAAAUGAGAUGGGAUGGGUUGAGAAGCUUAGAUGAGUAUGAGAACAUGGAUAUUUGUAUAAUUACACAGAGUUGAAAUAUGAUUAUACCUGCCUUUAUUCUCAUUACUUGCA